UCGGUCGCGGGGCGCCGCGCAGCCCACACGCGAUAUGCGCGCCCUCUAGCGUAUUAUGUUCCUCCCCGACCUCCCGCGAGCCUGCAUGGUGGACGACGUAGCGACUUAUUUGCAAGCGCCCUCCUCGGGACAGGACGAGUUCCAUCCGUUCAUAGAGGCCCUGAUGCCAUUUGUAAAGUCCUUUUCGUAUACUUGGUUCAAUUUACAAGCGGCCAAACGGAAAUAUUAUAAGAAACACGAAAAACGGAUGAGUCUCGAGGAGGAACGCCACACUAAAUAUGAACUCCAGAAUGAAAAAGCAGAGGUGAAACAAAAAUGGGCGUCGCGGUUGCUAGGGAAACUCCGCAAGGACAUCACGCAGGACUGCCGCGAGGACUUCGUGCUGAGCAUCACGGGGAAGAGGCCAGCGGUCUGCGUGCUCUCCAACCCGGACCAGAAGGGGAAGAUGAGGAGGAUAGACUGCUUGCGGCAGGCUGAUAAAGUAUGGCGCUUAGAUCUGGUUAUGGUGAUACUAUUCAAAGCUAUUCCUCUGGAGAGCACGGAUGGUGAGCGCCUAGAAAAGCACCCAGAAUGCACGCAGCCAGGCCUCUGCGUGAAUCCAUACCACAUCAACGUUUCUGUCAGGGAACUGGACCUGUAUCUGGCGAACUUUAUAAACAGCUAUGGUAAUGGGAGCGACGGUCUACCAGAUAUUCUUAGCGGGUCACUCUCCCCUCAGACUCCUAGGGACAAAGAGAAUGAACACGAGGCUAAGAGCAAAGGCUAUAGUCACAAUCCAUACAACGGUGUAAUAUGCAACGAUAUUAUUUUAGCGACCGGUGUCUUCUCGUCCAAGGAGUUGUGGAAGCUGUCUAAAGCAUCGAUUCUCCAAGAGACCGGGUCUGAGUCACCGAGCGGGUCCGGAGGCGGCAUUAAGUUGGAGUCAGGGUAUUAUUGUGGAUACAACAGUCCAGCACCACCCGCCUUUGAGCCCCCCGCUGAGAGAGCCACCCCGUCCGCUAUGCUUGUAGGACAGUGCUAUAGUAUCCCCCACAGCUCAGCAGGUCUGUCUGCUCAAUCCCCAUUGGUACCAUCGAACACAAUAUUCUACCAGCACGCAGCGCCGCCCACCGACACACAUCCCACAACAUCUGAAGCGCUUUCCAGUCAGCAUGCAAGUGGCAAGUAUGACGGUGCGCCACAGGACUCCCUUGGAGACUUUGUAACCUUCGUCUGUCCUGAUGCCACCGUCACAGACGUGCAGCAAUUGCAGGUGCACAGUCUUUCGAGGAGUCCAAAGCCACCGUACUUCAGCAGCUCUAUGCUUCCCCCUCCUCCGCUUCCACCGAUGGCCAGGCCUGUUGCCAUCAUCAGAUCUACAGCUAGUGAAAUGGUAGGUGGUAGUGUGGUAGGUGGUGGGGGCACAUCGCCGUCGUCCCCCGAGGUGCGGUCACCACCAGCAUCCCCACGCCGCCGCUCGCCACACCCCUACCGCACUGACUGCCAUCCACCAAUAUCACACUUCAACCAUUUCCACUCACAACCACAACAGGUCUUCAGCUAUGCCAGUUCGCUGGGUGGCGUCGGUAUAGGAGGCGGGGUCUCAGGAGUGGGGGCUGGUGGUGGCGCGGUGAUGGCAGGAGCUGGUGGGGUUUCACCCCCUGGUGGACUGGGUCUUUACGCACCACGGGCCUCUGCAAGAGCCGCGCCUAGGUGGGUUUUAGAGGACUUGGGACCGAUAAACAGAUGGAACGCACCAUUCCCAACGCUGGAGGAGGAGUUUAACAUAAUGACGGCGCCACCAGGACCUGACCACGUGGUCUUGUUGGAUGAUGAACGCUUCUUCCAGUCAAGUGUGAUUACAUCGGAAGCGACUGCGAUGGACACGACUGGCUCAACCGUCGGUUCGGUCGUCGAUGCGUCGGACGACAUCGCGCCCGACAAACCGGCGCCUGACUUGCGUUCACCGUGAUCCCACGCUUCCGCUACGUCGGUCGGUGUCGCAAGUGUCGGGCACGAUGGAUCUGUCGUAUCGGUCGGCAAUGUCGGCCCAGUAAUUCCUGCUGAGUCUGACGCGGCCGUGUCGAGUGACGGAUCCGUCGCAUCGGUCGCGCCGACGGCGACCGUUCUCCGCUGGACACCCGCGCCACUCCCGCACUGGCGACCCGUCUCGCAUCGGACUGUUUAAUUUCUAAACGUUAUCUCUGAAUGUCGGGGGAUUAGUGUAAAUAUAAAAAUGGAAUUAAAACGGAAGAGGUUGUAGUUGAAAUUUAGAUUUUACAAUUUUUAUUCUGUGUCGAUCGGCUGCGAUUCUCUAUUCGUCCACGCGAUGUGACUUUGUCGCGGCGUUCACACAUCGAAGAGCAUUGAAAUACGAAUUCUGACAGACGCGGUUGAUCGACAUGGUUUUCAUUUAUUACUUGUUAAGGCGAUAACAAAAUACAAUACUCCAACGAUAAUUAUGUAAAAAAUAUUAAAGCUACGAAAUAAAAACAACAUAUUAUAUUCUAAUAUUUUUAUAGAAUAUAAAAACAAGUAUGAUAUGAUCAAGCCUUCCAGUAAUUUAGUGAAAUAAAAUGUUUAUAAAAAGUGCAGCUUAUAAAAUAUUGUUUUGCUGAGCUGUGAGACAGGAUAAGCGAAUAAAAUGCUUCCAAAGGCGUCAAAACCGUUUAAAUUGACGAAAGUGUGAUACUAUAAGUUGUUUUUUUGUUUCGUUGUUGUGUGUUUUGUAAUGGAAAUAAAAAUUAAAUAGGGUGUAAGUCGUCGGUUAGUUUAAAACAUUUUUUAUUUUAUUUAUUGAACGAAUAUUUAAUAAAGACGAGCCUUGCUUAAGAGAUUAGUUUAGUUGUAAUUAGUAGCGAACAGAGUAGUUGAUUUAUUGUACUUUCGAUAUGGAAAUAAAUUGAUGCAAAAUUUGUAUAAAAUUAAACGAAAAAAUAGCAAAAAAGAUUUUCUAUGUAAUUUUCGCACAAAAUUAAAUAUACUAUUGAUCUCAGUGACAGAAUUUUACCGCGGCUAGUAAAUUUUUCUUUUUUUUUGUAUAUUUUUUUAUUUUUUUUUAAAAUGUUCUGACAUCGAAAGCGACAAUAAAUCAUUAGUAGAUCGACAUAAGUCGAAGGACAUUUUAUAGGUGCCUUUCAUAAAGAAAAAAUAAAUUAACUUAAAUAAUAGGGAUUUGUAAAUUGUAGAGUUCUUUUUGAUAAAUCCAUCCGCUCAUAUUUGUAACAAAAGAUUCAUUGAGUAUUUAAAUUAAAUUGUGUGUGUUUUGUAACCAAAUUUUGGGAAGCGAGACCGGGGGUCAAGUAUACCUAGUAUGUUUUUUUUUUCAAUUUUCUUUAACAAUUUUAAUAUUGAUAAUGUUGAAAUGUCAAUUCGAAACACAGUCGUUACAUUUUUUUCUUUUUAAAUUUCGGAAUGCAUUACUGUUAAUACUCAAAUUUAUAUGUUUGACUUUGGUUACAUAAUGCACAUGCAAAUACUUAUAAUCCUAUAUACCUACUUAAAUCCUAGAAAUUAUUUAGUUUUGUCACUCAUGGAUUUUUUUUUCGCAACAACAGUGGCCAUACGAGGAAAGCUAGUCAUUAGAGUUACAAUGUAAAUUUAAUGUUACUUAAAAUAAUAAAAAAAUAUUUACAAUUAUAAUAAACCCCUUACGUUUAUUAGUAAGGGGUGUGAAACUAAAAAAUGUGGCCAAAUUACACUUAAUGAAUAAAAUCCAAAUAUAUAUACACAAUUUUUAAUAGAUGUAGCAUUAAAUAAGCGUGGUAAAAUUAAGUUCGUAGCGAAGAACAAUUGACUAAGAUUCGAGAAAAAAAAAACAAAAAAAAAUUUUUGACGCAAAAAAUCCACGUCAUUAUGUCACAAAAUAUUAUUAUUUGUCCGUCAGGCUUUGACACACAAGUCACGUAAUUACAUCGACAAGUUUCCUUUGAUACGACACAAAUAAGAACACUGUUAUUUUUUAUUUGUAUAACAAAUAGUGUAGAGAGAAACUGUAGCAAUAAAAUACAAAAAGCAAUAAAUAAAAAAUAAUUAUAAACAAAUGAAUAAUGGCUUUAGUGAGGCUAGAUAUUGGUACUGAAACGUAGUGUGAAACAUAUAAACGAUUCGCAAAUAUAUUUUCUAUAGACAGAUUGACGAGAGGAUGGGUACUAUGUUAAAUGAUAAAUAUACUGCAGUUUGGUACAAUUAAAUAGCUAUUUGACAAAAAUAUAUUAGACUUACAGCUAUAGACGAACUAGGCAGAAGGCGGGAUUAGUCAAUUGCUAGCUAUAGAAAACAUUAUUAGAAUAUUAAUAAAAAAAAAACAUUAGGAAGUAAUAUUAACGUCAUUAAGGCUUGUUGAUAACAGAAAAAAAACAGUUUCGUCAUUGUGAAAAUCUGGAAGAGGUGACCUUGUAACGUGGUAAGGCAAUAUUAAUAAUGGUGACGAAUUUAAAGCUCAUUGGUGCCGAAAAUUCUAGACUGUGAUUCAAUUGUUCAUUCAGAACGUGUCUUAUAUUGAAAUAGUUGUUUUUGUAUGAUUGGCAAUGCACAGUGGGUGCUGUAUAAUACAAAAUAAAUGUAUUGUAAAAUGGCAGAUAGGAACAUGUUGUAUGAAAUGCAUUUGUUAUAAUUGUAAAGAUGGUAACAGCGGGUGUAAGCUGAGAAAUGUAAUUUUUUUGACAGCAUACGUAGAAACGGUAGAUUUAUUUGAUAGCUUUGCAGUAAUUUAUAUGGGUGUGACUAAUACAGGAUUUUUGUAUGGGAAAAUAAUGUAAUGGUCGCAACAUAUACUUUUUUUGUUUCAUUAUUAGCACCAUAAAUACGAUAUGGAGUAAUAAUUGAAAGCCUAAACAUUAUGUGCCUUAGAUACAACAAUAUUGUAUAAUAUUUAUGAUGCGUUCUAUACAACGUGCUAACUAGAAAUAAAUGAUAAAUAUUAUUUUGAAUGCCUGGACUUUGGACGAUUAUCUUCAUUAUUAGACUUCAUUUAUGCAAAGGCUUGUAUGUACUCCCAAAGAUUAUGUAACCUUCAAACGCGAUUUAUUGUAAGUUUAGGCCCAAUGUUCGGAAAAUUUGUAAGUAACCCUUCAUAUGUUAGUUUUUCUCCUAAAAACUAUUUCCCCUUAAGUUGUCUACUUAUAAAAUUGUUUUUAUAUUGUAUCUAUAUGAAAAAUCGUAAGUAACUGGGCACCCAGCAGUCUGGAAAUUGAUUUCGAAUCCAGAGAUAUAAAUUAUAACCCUCAUGUAAUAUUAUUGUACGAUUAAGUAACGCUUCUACGCGUAGUUUCGCUGAAAUAUAAAGAAUAAUUCUAUGAUAUUGUAUAAUUUUAGUACUUACCUACAUUGUACCCAUUUAUGUACCUAUAUACUUUACUGGCAUGUAUAUUCUUAAUCUACGCGACUUGGAAUAGCCACGCUUUUUUUUCGAAGUACCUAGACACCACUUUGAUUCUCGCAUGGCUUUUUGAUAAUAAAAAAAAUACAAUCCGACUUAUUCUAUAAACUUGUAUGAUAAUUUCUUUUAAGUUAUAACUUCUUAUUAUUAAAAAAAGGAACGAAAAUCCGUCUUAUAAGUUUCGUGGAUUUCAAAAUGUUGAUUACAUAAUACGUAAAUAUAGAAAAGUACCUAAUUAUAAGGAUAAUUAACCAAUAGAGAAAUACUCCUAGUUACGAAUUUCUUAGUUCAUCUGACGUGCAAUUAUGAUUAACUGUUUUUUUAGCGAAUUUGUUAAUUUUUAUUAGUAUCUAAUAUUACGAUUGUAUCCAUUGUCAUUGUAUGUAAAUAUGUUCCGGAGUGUAUUUAUAUUUUUUUUAUUUGUAUAAUUAACAUUAGAUUGCGUUUAUAUGUUAUGUUUGUCAUCGUUCAUGUCCGCUUUCAUAUUCAUUUAGAUUUUUACAAUUUUUCUUUAUUUUUUAAAAUAGUAACGUGUGAGUCGAAUGGCUUAUCCCAACGGGAGUCAAGUUCAAACCGACAGUUGCUGCCCGAAGUUGGAAUAGGUCAUUAGGUUCCAGCAAUAAACUAAAGAUAGACUUGUAAAAAUGUUAUAACAUGUAUUUUUAACCUAUACAUAGUAAGAUAUUUAUAGAAUUUUAGUCGUUUAAUUAUUUCGAACGACUUGUUAUAAAGAAAAUUGGUGCUUAAAGCUUAAAACAAAAUAUGACGGCACUUUGUCGUGUGUGUAUUGUCAUGGAAGGAGUCAGAGCAUUAUGACAUAGCAUGCGUUGUUAUGCUUUCGUGCGAUACAGAAUCGUUUAUUUCGAAAUUUGAAAAAAGAACCGUUUAAUAACUUAUGCCGCCGCUUCAAGGUUAGUGCGUGCGGUUUUCACUUACGAAUGUUUUUUUUAAUAUUAUAUUUUUUCUUAUUUAAAGGUUUUGUUGUUUAUGUGUAAUUAUAGAAAAAUAAACGAUUUUAUAUCAUAAUGCAAGCAGUUAUAAUAAUGUAGGUAAACUUUGCUCAAUAUCGAUGAAAACUGAAAGUGUUACAGUUGAUGCAAUACAAACAAACAAACAUAA